UAUAUAUAAACGUAAUUACGGGAAUAUCUUUUUCCAUAAUUGAAACAUUAUUUGAUUAUUCGAUUUAUGUGAGGAAAAACAGUUAAAAUAUUUGAAAUGAUUAAAAUUUAUUAUUUUUUUUUAUCUCGUACCUUUUAGUUUAAAGAAUGUAAUAUACUUUAUAUCUUGACAGUCAUCAUUGUGAAGAUUUUGACGAAAUUUAAGAUAAUUUUAUCAAUAGAUUCACAACUGAUAGCCUAUGGCAAGGUGCCCAUUUAUUUAUUUAUCUAACAAUAAAAUGACUAAAUGUUCAUAUUAUGUAUCUUUUGGAACUGAUAUCUUUGGUAUUACUAAAUAACAAUUUAUUAAAAUGUAAGCAAUGCACAAACUAUGGUUAUAUUGAAACUAAAUCUGUUAAUUGUCUAUCAAAUGUCUAAAAGAUACUGAUAGUCUUAUACAUUUUCUGCGUAACUGUAUAUUUUCAUCUUCCUUGUUGAAGAUAUAUUUGUAUAUUUUCGUUCCGGUGGUUUCAUAAGAAGCAUUCAUCAAUGUUACAGUUUUAAUACAAAUAAAGGAUGGGGAAUUGUAUUACAAAGCAAAGGAAUCAUGGCUACGUAGAUACUUAUAUACCCAAUCCAGAUGAUCCAGACGAAAUAUAUUCCAGGAUAGGUGAAGUGAACGGAACACCAUUUGCAGAAUCAUUGGUUUUUCAGACGCCAAUAAAGAAUCACAUUUUGGUAGCAGCCAUUGAUUUUGGAACAUCCUUUUCUGGAUACGCCUAUUCAUUCCGACAUGAUUAUGAAAGAGACAAGCUAAAAAUAUAUACCAAUAUGUGGGCACAUAACAGCGGACUUUCAGCAAAGGCUCCAUCAGCAGUUUUGAUUGGUCCAGAUCGUCAAGUGAAAGCUUUUGGAUAUGAAGCUCACAGGAAAUACAAUGAAUUGAUAGAACGUGAAGAGGACAUGGAUCAUCUAUACUUCGAAAAGUUCAAAAUGAUUUUGUUUACCACGGAGAAUCUAAACAACAAAACUUUUAUACGUGAUAUUUCCGGAAAGGAGAUGCUUGCUAUAGAGAUGUUUGCUUUGGUACUUGGAUACCUACGGAACCAUCUAAUGCAAAGACUAGAGAACCGUGAUACCAAUGUUAUACUGGAAGAAAACAUGAUACAAUGGGUUCUAACUGUUCCAGCAAUAUGGAGUGAAAAGGCAAAACAGUUUAUGCGAUAUGCAGCGGCUAAAGGUGGUAUUCCGAGUAAACACCUAAUUCUCGCCUUGGAACCGGAAGGUGCAUCAUUAUACUGUAUAUAUCUACCACAAUGCAUCACCACGCAAGGAAAACAAAUGAAUGAAAACGCCUUAGAAAAUGGAACAAAGUACAUAGUGUUGGACAUUGGAGGCGGGACUGUUGAUGUAACAGCUCAUGAAAUACAAAGAGAUGGAACUCUCCAAGAACUAUAUCAAGCAACAGGUGGUUGCUGGGGUGGUUCAACCAUAGAUCUGGAGUUUCAGGGUUUGUUAUGCACGAUAUUUGGAUCCGAUGUCAUUUCUAAAAUAAAUGAUGAACAUCCAAAUGAAAUGAUAGAUAUACUGCUCGAUUUUGAAAUGAUAAAGAGAAGCUAUGAACCUGGAGUAACUUCUCAUAUCAGUAUUAAAUGUCCUUCGUGUUUAUUUGAGGUUUAUGAAAAGAUACAUGGUGUCAGCAUCAGGGAAGAUGUAAACAAUACCUGUACAGGUGAAAAGGUGAAAUUUGUUAGAGAUAAGCUACUUAUAUAUGCGGAUACGUAUGAAGGAUUCUAUACUAAAACUUUGAAUAAACUUGUCAAUCAUCUUAGACAACUCUUACAUUUAGACACAUUGUCAGACAUAUCAACAUUACUUCUUGUAGGGGGGUUUGCUGAAUCAAAAGUGAUAAAAGACAGCAUCGUUACAAACUUCCCCCUACUUCGUGUUAUAAAUCCAGACGAUUGUUCCUUGGCAGUGUUAAAAGGUGCUGUGUUGUAUGGUCACGACCAAAAGGCGAUUCGAUCCAGAAUUUGCAAAUGUUCCUACGGAAUUGGAACUCACGCCAACUUUAAGGAAGGAAUCCACCCGGAAACAAAGAAGCAUAUUGUUAAUGGUAUAGAGAUAUGUGAUGAUAUUUUUGAUAUUCACAUGAACUUGGGAGAAAGAGUUGAAAUAGGUCAACCCAGGUUAGAAAAAAUCUACCAUCGGCGCGUUCGUCCUGAUUCUUCAAAUACAGCCUCUCUGUAUGUCUAUGCAUCCACUUCUAAAUCUCCCAUGUUUGUUACCGACGACUCUUGUAAUGUGUUAGGCUGUUUGUUCAUUGAGCUUUCUGGGGUUAAAGAUAAAAAUGUACAAAGUGAGCUUUCUUGGGAUAAAGAUACAAAAGUACAAAGUGAGCUUUCUGGGGAUAAGGAUAAAAAAGUACAAAGUGCGCUUUCUGGGGAUACAGAUACAGCAGUACAAAGCGUGCUCGUCAGUUUUCAUUACGUUGGUACAGAACUAGGGGUGAUUGUUCGAGUGGCGAAGACCGGGAUAGUCUUGGGAGCAAAAUUCGACUUUCUUUGUUAAAAUUCCAGAGUUGAACUUGGAAAAAAUAAUUUAGGGCGUUUAGCAGUGUCAAUAUAUAAGCACAACUUGGAUAAACAAAAUAAUAAUAUACGUUAU